CAUGAUGGAGGAGCACCAGCCUCUUAUAUCACAGGCAGAAAAUUCCCAUAAGAAUUCUGAGGGAAACUUCAUGUUGUCACUAAAUUAUAAAGUAGAAGAUGAAGAUGAAGACAACAUGCAGUGCUCUUCAGGAGAAAACCUUAAUGUACAUCCAGGACUUCACAGUACAGAUCUGUCAUAUAAUCCCCCUGUUCAUGAGGAAUCUUCUGACCAAUCACAGAUUGCUACCACAAGUGCUGGUCAGAAAGGGGGUGAAAGGUUUCAAGAGAUCACAAAAAGAUCAAGUCUUUCUACAGACAGAAGAAUUCGCACACGGGAGAAGCCGUUUUCAUGUCCAAAAUGUGGGAAAUAUUUUGCAUAUAAAUCAGAGCUUGUUCGUCAUGAGAGAAGUCACACAGGAGACAAGCCGUUUUCAUGUUCAGAAUGUGGGAAAUGUUUUACAGUUAGACGAACUCUUGUUAAACAUGUGAUACGUCAUAGAGGAGAGAAGCCGUAUUCAUGUUCAGAAUGUGGGAGAUGUUUUAGUGAGAUCUCAAGUCUUGUUAAACAUAAGAGAAUUCAUACAGGAGAGAAACCGUAUUCAUGUUCAGAAUGUGGGAAAUGUUUUACACAUAAUUCAACUCUUCAUACACAUCAGAGAAGUCACACAGGAGAGAAACCGUAUUCAUGUUCAGAAUGUGGGAAAUGUUUUAGUGAUAUCUCAAAACUUAUUAUACAUAAGAGAAUUCAUACAGGAGAGAAACCGUAUUCAUGUUCAGAAUGUGGGAAAUGUUUUACACAGAAAUCAAGUCUUCAUACACAUCAGAGAAGUCACACAGGAGAGAAGCCGUAUUCAUGUUCAGAAUGUGGGAAAUGUUUUACACAGAAAUCAGGUCUUGAUGCACAUCAGAGAAGUCACACAGGAGAGAAACUGCAUUCAUGUUCAGAAUGUGGGAAAUGUUUUAGUGAGAUAUCAAGUCUUCUUGCACAUCAGAGAUGUCAAACAGGAGUGAAGCCGUAUUCAUGUUCAGAAUGUGGGAAAUGUUUUACAUAUCAAUCAAGUCUUGUAAUACAUCAGAGAAUUCACACAGGAGAGAAGCCGUAUUCAUGUUCAGAAUGUGGGAAAUGUUUUACACAGAAAUCAAGUCUUGUUAAACAUCAGAGAUGUCACACAGGGGUGAAUUCUUAUUCAUGUUCAGAAUGUGGGAAAUGUUUUACAUAUAAAUCAAAUCUUGUUACACAUCAGAGAAGUCACACAGGAGAGAAGCCGUAUUCAUGUUCAGAAUGUGGGAAAUGUUUUACACAGAAAUCAAGUCUUGUUACACAUCAGCGAAGUCACACAGGAGAGAAGCCGUAUUCAUGUUCAGAAUGUGGAAAAUGUUUUAGUGAGAUCUCAAGUCUUGUUACACAUGAGAGAAGUCACACAGAAGAGAAACCAUAUUCAUGUUCAGAAUGUGGGAAAUGUUUUACACAAAAACAAAGUCUUGUUACACAUGCGCUAGGUCACACAGGAGAGAAACGAUAUUCAUGUUCAGAAUGUGGGAAAUGUUUUACACACAGACAAAGUUGGGUUACACAUGCGCUAGAUCACACAGGAGAGAAGCCAAAUUCAUUUAAAUGUUUUAAAAAGAAACGGGAUCUUAUUAGAAAUGUGAAAAUUCAUACAGGAAAGAAGCAAUAUUCAUGUUCAGAAUGUGAGCAAUGUUUUACGCAAAAAUCUGAUCUUGAUAGUCAUGAGCGAAAUCACAGAAGAGAAAGGAUACGAUCACAAUUCCAGAAUUUAGACUUCGAUUUCGAUUCCAAUUAA